AUGUCUAAUCCCCUCAACGGAGCACAGGACAACGCAGAAGCCAAAUGGAUAAAACUAGGCAAAAUCACCUAUACAGAUCCAUUGGGUGUAGAACGAGUGUGGGAAACCGCCGAGCGACAGACACGGCCCCAAAACAGCCUCAUCGAUGCCGUCGGCAUAGUCGCUAUUCUCGAGACAUCCCACGGUCCCGAAGUCCUGCUACAGAAACAAUACCGCCCGCCAAUUGACAAGAUCUCAAUCGAAGUUCCCGCCGGUCUCGUCGAUGAGGGCGAGACACCCGAGCAAUGCGCCGUGCGCGAACUCAAGGAAGAAACGGGCUACGUCGGGGUGGCAGAGAAAACGAGUGCGAUCAUGUACAACGAUCCCGGCUUCUGCAACACAAACCUAAACAUGGUGCACAUACGCGUCGACAUGAGUCUGGCAGCGAACCAGAAUCCGCAGCCAGAGCUCGAAGAGAACGAGUUCAUCGAAUGCUUCACCGUCCCGCUGGCGACGCUUUUCGAGGAAACCAAGAAACUCGACGAACAGGGGAUAACUCGCUCACUCACCCAAAUACCGAAGGAAGACAAACCAUCCAUGGCCUUCGUGCCCAGAUUAAGACACAUCACAGCACCAAACCUAGCACAGCACAUAAGGAAAAUGACAUCGUCCACAUUCACAAUCCCCUUCAACCAGGCAGAACGCGAACAACAAAUACCCGUCACCUGUCCCUCGAACAAUAAAGAUGGCCAAAGUAUCUCCCAAUCCCAACUUCUAUCCUUCCCCGCGUUCAAAACUUGGCUCUCAUCGCUCCAGAAAUCGCUUGCGCACCAAAAAGCGUCUACACACGAAUUCCAUAAAUCGCCUUAUGUCCUGCGACAGAUUGAUAUUCAGGCCGUGGAUCAUUUCGGUGGUGGGCGCCUGGGGUUUCUGAAGAUGAAGGCGGUUGUUUCGAAUGAUUCCGGCGAGAGUUUGCCGGGAAGUAUAUUUCUUAGAGGGGGAAGUGUUGCCAUGCUUCUCAUCCUGCAACCAGACGAUGUACCAGCGACUUCCGAAGAAGACAAAUACGCAAUAAUGACAGUACAGCCGCGCAUUCCUGCAGGUUCUUUAAAAUUCGCCGAGAUUCCCGCUGGCAUGCUGGAUGAUAGCGGCACGUUUGCAGGCGGAGCGGCAAAGGAGAUCCAUGAAGAAACCGGUCUAUUAAUACCCCAGGAAGAGCUCAUCGAUUUGACCUCACUCGCAUCCACAUUUGUGGAAAGCAGACAUGAGAAAUCUUCUUCAGGCACUGAGGACUUCCUUCAAAAAGCAGUCUAUCCAUCUCCCGGUGGAAGUGAUGAGUUCAUUCCUGUAUUCCUUUGCCAGAAGCGAAUGCCAAGGCAGGAUAUUCAAGCCAUGCAGGGCCGGUUGACGGGGAUUAGACACGAGCGAGAAAAGAUCACGCUGAAGAUCGUGCCACUGGAUGAUUUAUGGAAAGAAGGUCUGCGAGAUGGCAAGACGCUUGCCGCCUGGGCCUUGUACACGGGCCUGAAGCAGGAAGGCAGAAUAUGA